AUUUUUUCACUAGUAUGGUAUGAAACGAAACGUUUAGAUUGGAAGAAGGCAUCGUCUUCAUCUUCUUCCCUUAGGUUAGGUUUUGCAGAGCUCCCUUCAACGCAUUUCUUCGACCCAUAUUCACUCUUUCAAGCACAACGACACUAUCUCAUUGAGUGGUAUCCUAUCUCACGAUAAUUUGGUUUCUUUAUUUUCUGUCUUUGAACUCCCAUUGAUCGGCGACAAUUGAGAGAUGGGAAAAGCAAGGGACAGAACCGAAGAUUUCAAAGACGCCGUGCGCCACACCGCUCGCUCUUUGGGCUACGAUGAGGCUAAAUUGGCGUCCGUAAUGGCAUCUUUCAUUAUUCAUAAACCGCCGCAAAGGUCCCCGUUUUCCAAAGCCGCAUUGAAGACGUUGGAGAGUAUUGGAGAGCUGGAUCAGUUUUUGUUGAAGCAUAGAAAGGACUACACGGAUCUGCAUCGCACGACUGAAAAAGAGAGAGAUAGCAUUGAGCAUGAAGUUAGUACUUUUAUUAAAACUUGCCAGGAACAAAUUGAUAUUCUUAAGAAUAGUAUAAAUCAAGAGGAGGAAACUUCGAAACAUUGGCUUGGCAUUGCAACCACAAAAUCUAAUGCCGACACCAUUGCCCACAAACAUGGGGUGGUUCUAAUUUUAAGUGAGAGACUCCAUUCAGUUACGGCACAGUUUGAUCAGCUCAGAGCUGUACGCUUCCAGGACGCUAUUAACAAAGCAAUACCACGAAGAAAACUUAACCGUGUAGCCAGGAAAGAUUCUGCAGAAACCUCUAAGUCAGGUGACAUGGAGCUCAGAGAACCUGAGGAGUUACGCUCUGAGCCUCUAAGAGUCCAACAGCAACUCUUGGACGAUGAAACACGUGCCCUUCAGGUGGAAUUGACUAGUCUUCUCGAUACAGUUCAAGAAACCGAAACUAAGAUGGUGGAGAUGUCUGCACUAAAUCACCUCAUGUCUACACAUGUUUUGCAUCAAGCUCAGCAAAUUGAGCAUCUGUAUGAUCAGGCUGUUGAAGCUACUAAGAAUGUUGAGCUUGGUAACAAAGAACUCUCACAAGCCAUUCAGAGGAAUAGCAGCAGCAGGACAUUUCUUUUACUAUUUCUAUUUGUGCUUACUUUUUCAAUCCUCUUUCUUGAUUGGUAUAGUUAAAUGCUUUUGGUUUUCUGCUAUCACAGUGUAUCUUAUAGACACUCUCUGCCCCUUUUCUCUUUUUUCCCUAUUGCUGUCAAUAUUUGUUUUUACUUUUUACCACUAGGAAGGCAUCUUUUUCUAGAUUCGAUGUUUAUUGGAGACAGAAUUUUAGUAAUCAAUUUAUGAAGGGAAUGACAAAAGAGACCUGCCUACUGUUUGGUAGGAGGGGAGGGAAAUCAAAAUAUCUUAUUUGGUUUGUAAGUUUGGAGGAGAAAUAAAGGAAAUUGAAGGGACUAAAAUUUCUUCUUUCA